GCAGCCCCGCCCUCCGCUCGGCCCGGGCCCCAGGCCGACUGCCGCGGAAAUGGCUGCUCGCUUCCGAGGUCUCCGUAGGGCGGUGGGGGUCUCUCCCCGCCUUGCUUGGAGACGAGUUUACUCAGAAGCUGGGGGACACGUGAAAGCCGAGUACGACGCGGUGGUGAUAGGAGCAGUCACAGCCCAGCUGCUGGCUCCUAAUUGGCAAAGUGGACUCUGGGGCACCAGCUGCCUUGGACACAACGGACUGGUGGCUGCAGCAUACCUGCAGAGACUUGGGGUGAACACAGUGGUCUUCGAGAGGCGUCAUGUGAUCGGGGGUGCCGCUGUCACUGAGGAAAUCAUCCCAGGGUUUAAGUUCUCUCGAGCAUCCUACCUCCUCAGCCUGCUGAGGCCACAGAUUUACAAUGAGCUGGAGCUAAAGAAACAUGGGCUGAGGCUUCAUCUUCGAAAUCCCCACUCCUUCACCCCCAUUCUGGAAGAGGGCACAGGGAGCAUGGUGCCUAGGUCCCUGCUGCUGGGCACAGAAAUGGCAGAAAACCAGAAGCAGAUUGCCCAGUUCUCACAGAAGGAUGCCCAGGCCUUUCCCAAAUAUGAGGAAUACAUGAGCCGCUUGGUACUGGCCAUUGACCCUCUGCUGGAUGCAGCCCCAGUGGACAUGGCGGCCUUCCAGCACAACUCUCUGUUGCAAAGGCUGAAGGCACUAUCCACCCUCAAGCCCCUGCUGAAGGCAGGCCGCAUCCUGGGGGCCCACCUUCCCCAGUACUACCAGGUCCUCACAGCUCCCAUUGCCAAGGUGCUGGAUCAGUGGUUCGAGUCUGAGCCUCUAAAAGCCACUCUAGCAACGGAUGCUGUGAUUGGAGCCAUGACAAGCCCUCACACUCCAGGGAGUGGGUAUGUGCUGCUGCAUCAUGUGAUGGGGGGCCUGGAGGGAGUACAGGGUACCUGGGGCUAUGUCCAGGGUGGCAUGGGUGCUCUCUCUGAUGCCAUUGCAAGCUCAGCCACUGUACACGGAGCAAGUAUUUUCACUGACAAGACGGUCGCCAAGGUACAAGUGAGCAGUGAAGGCUGCGUUCAAGGAGUUGUACUGCAGGAUGGCCUGGAGGUCAGGAGCAAAGUAGUGCUGUCCAGCGCAUCGCCUCAGGUCACCUUCCUGAAGUUGACACCACAGGAGUGGCUUCCAGAGUCAUUCGUAGAGAGGAUCUCCCAGCUGGACACCCAGUCUCCUGUUACUAAGAUCAAUGUGGCUGUGGAUAGGCUGCCCAACUUUCUGGCAGCUCCCAAUGCUCCCAGAGGCCAGCCACUUCCCCAUCACCAGUGCUCCAUCCACUUGAACUGUGAAAACACCCUCCUCCUUCAUCAGGCCUUUGAAGAUGCCCAAAGUGGCAUGCCUUCCCACAGGCCCAUGAUUGAGCUCUGCAUCCCUUCCUCGCUGGACCCCACACUGGCUCCUCCCGGCUGCCACGUCAUCUCCCUCUUCACCCAGUACACACCUUACACUCUGGCGGGAGGCAGGACCUGGGAUGAGCAGGAGAGAAAUGCUUACGCUGAAAAAGUAUUCGACUGCGUUGAGGCCUACGCCCCUGGCUUCAAGGGCUCUGUGGUGGGCAGGGACAUCCUCACCCCACCAGAUUUGGAGAGAGUCUUUGGGCUUCCUGGAGGGAACAUAUUCCACUGUGCAAUGUCCCUGGACCAGCUCUAUUUUGCCCGCCCAGUGCCACUGCACUCUGGGUACCGCUCCCCUCUCCGGGGCCUGUAUCUCUGUGGCAGCGGGGCUCAUCCUGGAGGAGGGGUCAUGGGAGCUGCUGGACGAAAUGCAGCCCACGUGGUCACUAGGGACCUCAAGAGCAUGUGACAGCGACUCAACCCCAGCCCAGGAGGAAGAACUCAUUGCUGCCAACAGUUGGCCCAGCUGUCUAGGGAGCUCUGCUCCAAACAGCGCUGCUCCUGCCAGGCAAGUCUACAAAGGUCAGCUGGUAUUUUAGAAGAAUGUGCAAGUUAUACUUCGCACAGUCACCUGUACCGUGUGUCUCUGUGAAUAAACGGGCUGUGUUUUAUUAAAAAUGUA